AUGGCAAUCAAAGUUCUACCAUCCCUCCUGCUAGCAUCCAGCUACUAUACUUUUCCGACUCUUGCAACUGGUACUAUCCAUCCCCAUGUCGAUGUUGCCAUCAUCGGAGCCGGCUUCUCAGGACUCACUGCUGCAAAAGAGUUACAGGCAGCAAACAAAUCUAUCGUUGUACUGGAAGCAUAUGACCGAGUCGGUGGUCGCGUCUUCGAUGACAAGUUUCCAGACGGAACUGUAACGUAUCGAGGAGCUCAGUUUGUUGGCGCGGCCCAAACCAACAUGGUCGCUAUGGCCAAAGAGAUGGGCGUCGAGCUCAUCCCUACAUACAACAACGGAAGCACCGUUCUAUUCAUCAACAACACCCGUUCGAAGUUCUCCUCGGAUUCCAGUGUCACCGGAGAUUUACCUGUGGAUGCUGCCAGUCUCACUCAGGUGGCAACCACUGAGAUGUUACUCAAUGACCUUGCGAGCGAGAUUAACCCCGUGGCACCCUGGGACCAUAGCCGAGCCAACGAAUGGGAUAGCCAAACAUUCGCGUCUUGGCUUGACACGAAGAAUCUCUCGUCCACAGCGAGGUUUGUGUUCGACAUCGCAGCUUCGACUGGCUUCUGCGAAGAAUCAGGCGAGGUUUCUUUCCUCUCGACUCUUCUUAGCAUUGGCACGUCGCGAAACGAAACUGGGUCGGGAUCAUUCAACCAGAUUACUAGCUCGGUCGAUGGUGCUGAAUCGAUGAUCUGCAAAGGAGGAUGCCAGAGCAUUGCUAUCAAAAUCUCGGAACUCCUCGGCUCUGAACAUGUAAAGCUCAAUGCGCCAGUACGUAUCGUCAGGAAAACUGAACAUGGAUAUGAGAUCAGCACAGAUGCCGGAAGUGUGACAUCAAAGAAGAUUGUAGUCGCUAUGCCGCCUGUCAUGUCAUCAAGGAUACAGUGGGUCCCUCCGAUGCCCGCGGGACGAGACCAAAUCUCGCAGCGGAUGCCUAUGGGUUCGGUUGCCAAAGCUAUCGCGAAGUACAAGACUCCCUUUUGGAGGGCUGAUGGGCUGAACGGCCAAGCCUUCAGUAAUACAGGACUUGUAGUGAGUACAUAUGAUGUCUCACCCGAAGACGGGUCCUCCGGCGUCCUACUAGCGUUUAUGCAUGCGGAUCGGGCACGCAAGAUCGACGGGAAAUCCCACAAAGAUAUUCAGGCUAUGGUCACUAAAGACUUCGUUAACAUAUUUGGACCAAAGGCUUCAGCCGCUACAGACUGGAUUAUCCAACAGUGGGACCAGGAAGAAUACACGCGCGGCGGAUAUAACAGCAACUUCCCUCCUGGAACGCUUACCAAGUACGGCCCAUACAUUGCAACACCAUUCCAGGGCAUUCAUUUCGCUGGAGUGGAGACAUCACUAUUUUGGCGAGGUUACAUGGAUGGGGCGAUAAGCGCAGGUAAGAGAGUGGCGGCUGAAGUAUUGGACUCCCUGAAUUACAUUUGA